GGAGGGAGCGGCCCGACGCUGCAUCAUUCCGCACCGGCUGCAGCGGGGCCUGAGGGAGCAGGUGGAGCGGGCGGGAGCGGCGGGCCGGAGCGCGGGACCCGGGGAGACUGCAGUGACGCUGCCGGGAGACAUGGCGGCCGCGCGCCUCUGAAUAAGCAGGAUCCGGAGCCCCUCGCCGCCCUCGGCCGCCGCAGCCAGGCCAUGCCGCACCGCUGCUGACCGCACGCAGGGGCCUGCCCGGAGGACACAUGCCGCAGCAGCUGCCGCCUCGCCCCUGAUCGGCUGCCCGGCAUUCUCCAUGCUGCGUUUCUCGCCGGUUUUUCGGGCACUGUAGCCGCGGCUGCGGGAGGCGCAAUCAGGGCAGUGCUCUGCUUGUUCAUCCGGCCACACUUUUUUCCAUUUCCAUCCUUCCCUCCUCAGUUUUUGCUCCCUUCCCUCGCCUGCUUUGCAUCCAUCUCUCUCACCCUGUGACCCUUCCCCCCCCCUCCUGCCUCCAUCUACCGGGGCUAUGGCCGCGGAAGAGGUAUUGCAGACUGUGGACCAUUAUAAGACCGAGAUAGAGAGGUUGACCAAGGAGCUCACAGAGACGACCCACGAGAAGAUCCAGGCUGCCGAGUAUGGGCUGGUGGUACUGGAAGAGAAGCUGACCCUCAAACAGCAGUAUGACGAGCUGGAGGCUGAGUACGACAGCCUCAAACAGGAGCUGGAGCAGCUGAAAGAGGCGUUCGGGCAGUCCUUUUCCAUCCACCGGAAAGUUGCUGAGGAUGGAGAGACUCGGGAGGAAACGCUUCUGCAGGAGUCAGCCUCGAAGGAAGCUUACUAUCUGGGGAAGAUCUUGGAGAUGCAGAACGAACUGAAGCAGAGCCGGGCUGUGGUCACUAACGUGCAGGCAGAAAAUGAGAGGCUCACAGCUGUCGUGCAGGAUCUGAAGGAGAACAAUGAGAUGGUGGAGCUACAGCGAAUACGGAUGAAGGAUGAAAUCCGAGAAUAUAAAUUCCGUGAGGCCCGCCUUCUUCAGGAUUAUACUGAACUAGAAGAGGAAAACAUCACCCUGCAGAAACUGGUGUCCACAUUAAAGCAGAACCAGGUUGAAUAUGAAGGCUUAAAGCAUGAGAUUAAGCGAUUUGAGGAGGAGACAGUACUGCUGAACAGCCAGCUGGAGGAUGCCAUCCGUUUGAAAGAGAUCGCUGAGCACCAACUGGAAGAAGCCCUUGAGACCUUAAAAAAUGAAAGGGAGCAGAAGAACAGCCUGCGGAAGGAGCUCUCCCAGUACAUCACCCUCAAUGAUAACCAUAUCAGCAUCUCAGUCGAUGGACUCAAGUUUGCUGAGGAUGGGAGUGAACCAAACAACGAUGACAAAAUGAAUGGGCAUAUUCACGGGCCCCUUGUGAAAUUGAAUGGAGACUAUCGGACUCCCACUUUAAGGAAAGGAGAGUCUCUGCACCCUGUUUCUGACUUAUUCAGUGAGCUGAACAUUUCAGAAAUACAGAAAUUGAAGCAGCAACUUAUGCAGGUAGAGCGGGAAAAGGCCAUUCUUCUGGCCAAUCUCCAGGAGUCACAGACACAGCUGGAACACACCAAGGGGGCGCUGACAGAGCAGCAUGAACGGGUGCAUCGGCUCACAGAGCACGUUAAUGCCAUGAGGGGCCUGCAGAGCAGCAAGGAGCUCAAGGAACUGGAUGGGGAGAAGGGCCGGGACUCGGGGGAGGAGGCUCACGACUAUGAGGUGGACAUCAAUGGCUUAGAGAUCCUUGAGUGCAAAUACAGGGUUGCAGUAACUGAGGUGAUCGAUUUGAAAGCUGAAAUUAAGGCCUUAAAGGAGAAAUAUAAUAAAUCUGUAGAAAACUAUACCGAAGAGAAGGCCAAGUAUGAGAGUAAGAUUCAAACGUAUGAUGAGCAGGUUACAAGCCUUGAGAAGACCACCAAGGAGAGCGGAGAGAAGAUGGCUCACAUGGAGAAGGAGUUGCAAAAGAUGACCAGCAUAGCCAAUGAAAAUCACAAUACCCUUAAUACAGCCCAGGAUGAGCUGGUGACAUUUAGUGAAGAGCUAGCUCAGCUUUACCACCAUGUAUGUCUGUGUAAUAAUGAAACGCCUAACAGGGUCAUGCUGGACUAUUACAGGCAAAGUAGAGUCACCCGUAGUGGCAGCCUGAAAGGGCCCGAUGACCCCAGGGGACUUUUGUCUCCACGGUUAGCCAGGCGGGGUGUGUCAUCCCCAGUAGAAACAAGGACCUCACCUGAACCAGUUCCAAAGGAAAACCCAGAGGCCAGCAAAGAACCAAGCCCAACCAAGACCCCCACCAUCUCUCCUGUUAUUACUGCCCCACCAUCAUCUCCAGUGUUGGACACAAGUGACAUCCGCAAAGAGCCAAUGAAUAUCUACAACCUUAAUGCCAUAAUCCGGGACCAAAUCAAACAUCUGCAGAAAGCUGUGGACCGGUCCUUGCAACUGUCUCGUCAAAGAGCAGCGGCACGGGAGCUCGCCCCCAUGAUCGAUAAAGACAAGGAAGCCCUAAUGGAAGAGAUCCUCAAGCUCAAGUCCCUGCUGAGCACAAAACGGGAGCAGAUCGCCACACUGAGAGCAGUGCUGAAGGCCAACAAACAGACAGCUGAGGUGGCUUUAGCUAACCUCAAGAACAAAUAUGAAAAUGAAAAGGCAAUGGUGACGGAAACGAUGACGAAACUUAGAAAUGAACUGAAGGCUUUGAAAGAAGAUGCAGCAACUUUCUCAUCCCUGAGAGCAAUGUUUGCAACAAGAUGUGAUGAAUAUGUCACACAAUUGGAUGAGAUGCAGAGACAGUUAGCAGCUGCAGAGGAUGAGAAGAAGACUCUAAACACUUUGUUACGAAUGGCUAUCCAGCAAAAACUCGCCCUGACCCAGCGGCUGGAGGACUUAGAGUUUGACCAUGAGCAGUCCCGACGCAGCAAAGGCAAACUUGGGAAGAGCAAGAUCGGCAGCCCUAAAGUAAGUGGGGAGGCAUCAGUCACCGUGCCCACCAUAGACACUUACCUCCUGCAUAGUCAGGGCCCACAGACACCCAACAUUCGGGUCAGCAGUGGCACUCAGAGGAAAAGACAAUUUUCACCUUCCCUUUGUGAUCAGAGCCGUCCCAGGACUUCAGGGGCUUCCUACCUACAGAAUUUAUUAAGAGUUCCCCCUGAUCCCACCUCCACAGAGUCAUUUCUUCUGAAGGGCCCCCCUUCCAUGAGUGAAUUCAUCCAAGGGCACCGGCUCAGCAAGGAAAAAAGGUUAACCGUGGCUCCACCAGAUUGUCAGCAGCCUGCUGCCUCCGUACCGCCACAGUGCUCACAACUAGCCGGGAGGCAAGACUGUCCGACUGUCAGUCCUGACGUAGCUCUCCCCGAGGAGCAGCCACAUUCCAGCUCGCAGUGCGCCCCUCUCCACUGUCUCUCCAAGCCUCCUUACCCCUAGUCUUCACCUCCCGCGGACGAACACCUGGGGUGAACGUUUUGUAGCCACACACAGGAUACUGCCCAAGAUCCAGCGGUGUUUUCUUCUCCGUGGUUAGAUGUUUGAUGGGAUUAAUGGCCAUCAUUUUGGAAGAUGAGAGGAUGUUGAGAAGAAUAAUAACACAAAGCACAGACUCCGGUGUGAUAAAACAUUUUAUGGUUUCUCUAAGUCACAGAUAAACGUCUGCAAUCAAAUGGCUACAAGUUCAGUUAAAUCAAAACACAUCACAGCAGGAAAUAUGUAUCUCAGAUGGCUGGCUUUACCUCGAUAGCAUAAGAGAGACCUAAGGCAAUGUAAAAUACGUGUAUUAUCAUCUUUCCUCAUACUUCAAAUUCAGCUAUAGAACUUGAUUCUAAUUUUUUGGUCAUUGGUAUUUAUUUUAUACUUUAUCUUCC